UGUGUGUCGCCGGGUGGUUCACGCCGCCAACAUGUCCACUGCGGUGUGUAGCAGAGUCCUCCUUCAGAGAGGAGCACAGGGGUUUCUCUUCUCCUCCAGGGCAGUACCCGCUUUCUCAAGCCCGUUUCUGUCUCGCGCUCAUAGAUUGGGACCCGGUGAUGAUGAGAUGUACCAGCGUACCACGGUGUCCGUCAUGCAGAAGGAGCCGGGCAGUGGGGUCAUGAUCCACAGCUACAGUUCCAGAGGAUUCAACAUCAAUGGCAAUACGGUGUUUGGACCCUGUGCUGUGCUGCCUCCUGCCAUCCUGCAGUGGAAUGUUGGCAGUUACAGAGACAUCACAGAGGAAAGUGUUUCGCUCUUCCACAUGCUUGAACCAAGAAUAGAGAUUCUUGUGCUGGGGACAGGUGCACGGCUUGAACGAAUUGACCCCGCUGUCCUCGCUCUACUCAAGAGAAAAGGCAUCGCUGUGGAGGUGCAAGACACGCCAAAUGCAUGUGCAACCUUCAACUUCCUGACUAGUGAGCGAAGAGUAGCAGCUGCUGGUCUGAUCCCUCCGCCCGUCAGCACAGCCCUGGAAGUAACACAGGAAUGAGUGCUGUGAUGUACUAUAAAAUAGUGCAGGCCUGUAAGAUUGUUAUUUUUCUUCUGUGCAAAGCUCCCAAAGGAACUAAAACAGCUAUCUCCACCUUCAAUAUUUGGUUACAAGUUAUUGCAUAGAUCAAUAUCUUUAGAGCCACCCUUGUCUUCCAUGGUUCUGAGGCACGCUAAACGUUGGGUUCAUGACAAUUUGAGAUUUUAUUCAAGAGUAAAAACAAAAGUUUGAUCAUAAUUUAAUGUACAGAUUUGUACAAGCAUUUGUACUUCUUUGAGAUGUAAAUGUAGAAGUGUGUGUGUGUGUGUGUGCGCGCAAAUGCUUAGGUUAAUGUAGUCAACUGAAGACACCAAUGAUGGAGAAUUAGACCAUAAUAAAAUGCAGCUGUAUUCUUGUAUAGAAAUACUGUAUGUAUAGAAUAUAUAUAUGUGACAAACAAGAACUUGAGUGUCGUGCAUUUAAUGUCUUUUCAUGUACAGCAUAAAAGUAUAAUAAAACCAACCUUGUAUACUG